AUGCGUCAAUUGGCAGUUGCUCGGAAGACGCCUCUCCAUCUUCCCAAGACCCUUGUCCUUGACUUAGACGAAACGCUUAUCCACUCAACGUCAAGACCUAUGUAUGGCACAGGUAACGGGCGGGGUUGGUUUGGACUGAGCGGUCUUUUUGGGCGGAAGAACAAGGGUGCUGGGAAGAUCGUAGAGGUGGUCUUGGGCGGUCGGAGCACGCUGUAUCAUGUCUACAAGCGACCGUUUGCGGACUAUUUCCUUCGCAAGGUCUCGACAUGGUAUACGCUCGUGAUAUUUACUGCAUCGAUGCAGGAGUAUGCCGAUCCAGUCAUUGAUUGGCUUGACGCCGGUCGGGGAAUACUGGCUCGGCGGCUAUUCCGAGAGUCAUGUACCUUGUUACCCAACGGUUCGUAUUCCAAAGACUUGUCGAAAGUGGAACAGGACUUAGCACGGGUGUUCCUGGUGGAUAACUCACCGAUAAGUUACAGUAUCAACGAGGCGAAUGGAGUUCCCAUAGAGGGUUGGACAGAUGAUCCUCACGACGAGGCACUACUAGAUCUCUUACCCAUGCUGGAUUCUCUGCGGUUCACCAGCGACGUUCGACGAGUCCUCGGUAUUCGAGGCUUCUCAUGA